AUGCCUGCUUUUUUUCCAAAUGGGGCUUUCUUUGUGGAUUGGCCAACAUGGGCCCGACUGGCUAUUAUUCUAGGUGGCUUGCUUACCAUAACCUUAAUCACUGGUUUCUGUGUGAAGUUGAGAAAUUGGAGGAAGAACAUCCGGCUGGAGAAAAGAGCCGCCGAGGAAGAGGCUGAAAGGGGAGAGGUAGCUCUUGUCGGCCGAUCAAGCGAUGACAUCCCUUUCGGCAUUCGUGCUCUGUUGGAGGACUCCGAAGUUGAAGGCGUCUGGAACUCGCGAAACGUCACUCCUCUACAUUACAAUCCUACCGAGCAAGAUCGCCCGGUGGCCUUUCUCCAAGCCACAGUUGCCCCCAAGACAGACUCCUCCACAUCAUUCACCUGCCUCUACGAUCCUGCAGAUAUAGGCCUGACAGCACCAAGUGAUCGCGGACCGGUCGUCAAUUCGGCAGUAGUGAUCGAUCCGCCUCCUGGAACUUCAUCUAUGAAACAGAAGAGAAAGACUCUGAUCAUCAGCUACAAUGGCCCAUACAUCCGAUCGGAAUCGGCGGGAACUGUACCAGGUAAAGUAGCAUUACCGCUAAUCGGUUACACAGCCGUCGACUCUGCCACACCGCAAGCGAAACCAGGCAGCUCUCCGUACAAAAUGCAUCUGCGAUCAAUCGCUAGCCAGCCCUCUUCUGGAAGCCGCAGAUUCGUGAUCGGAAGCCGACAGAUGGGAUCGGCUGGAUAUAGACGGGCGGAAACCAAGUCUGACUGUCACCCGCUUGAGCGCAUGGAAGCCCACCGAAAGUUUCAUGCUGCAGAAAGCGGACAACUCUUGCCCAGGGAUCAACGACAUACCGACUUGAUCCUCACAUCACCUCUGGCACCGUCGCUUCCGGAUGGCGAGGAUAAUGAUUCACUCCCCGCUCGUGCUUUAUCUUGGCCCUCUAGGAUAGAAGACAUGAACCUGGGCAAACAACAAUCUCGCAAAGCACUGAGGUUGGAAGGUCCGCGGCCUGUACCUUUCCGCGCCUUCGUGGAAUCGCUGCCUUCUACCAAAGCCCCUCCAUCAGCAUGGACACAAAAGACUCAAGCCAAACUCAACGCGAACAUGUCAACUUCUUCCAAAGGGAGUGACACGAAUUCGAAGACGUCCACGCACACACCGAAGUCAUCCAUAAGCUCUAGUGUGACCAGCGCAUCCACUUCGCGUACCGAUUCGAUCUCCAUCCCAAGCACCCGGGCUCGGAAGAUCAACGACGGGUUUGAAGUGUUACCAGCUGGGACAUUGGCCAAGGGCCCCAGUGUGAAGGAAUUCGGCCUGUGGCCCGAGAAUGUGAAGGCCAUCAACAAGCCUAACAAGCUGCGGAAACAUUCUCGCUCGGAUGCAGGAAGUCGUCGAAGUUCGACAGAAAGCCGAAGAUUCAGCGACGAGAGCUUUCGCUUGCCAAUUUUCUGA